AUUACUCCCAUUAAUUUUAGUUCUUAGUAGAGCCAUGGAGUUAUUAAGUAGCCAAGAACUAGAAAAAUGCAUGGACAAAUUCGAAUUCGUAUUGUCUAAGCAAACGACAAUCAGUAGCAAUCACAAACAAUUUCUUCAAUUCGCCGGCAAAAUAAUUAAAGAUUUGAAAAACUCUAAAAAGACCGAAAAUGCUUUAAGGAAAAAUCUCAAAGUACUAACGGCACACAAAAAUUUUAAUCUUCACUCAAAAUAUGUUGAUUUAACAGAAAAACACGAGGAGUUAGAAAUCGAGUAUAACCAGAUGCUAAAAGACAAAGAAGAAAUGAACAAUAAAAUACAGAUCGAAUUAGAAACUCAAAAAGCCGAAUAUUUGAAAAAAAUCAACGAAUUAGAAGAAAAAUCCCAAAAGGAAAUAACCAGCUUGAAGAAUCAGUUGGAGAAUAUCAGAAAUAACUACGAAAAGAAAGAGAAGGAAUUAUUCAACGAAUUGCAAAUGACCCAAGCCGCCAGCGCCUUGGAAUGGGACGAAAGAGAAACGAAUUUGAAACAGAAACUCGAAGAAUCGAAAAUUCAACAGCGCCAAUUGCAAAAUAAUUUGUGCGAGUUGAGAUACGAGAAUAACCAGUUACGAAGUCAAAUAUCGUCGCAACAAUUUAUGAACCAACGCAACGUCUUAUAUUACCAAGAAAACUGUUAUCAACCCAACUUUAGCAAUUAUAAUGGCGGUAAUAAGCUUAGUGAAAAUCAAUAUCCUAUGCCACAAGCUCAACCAGAAAAAAUCGAACUUAUAGAAUUGGAGAAUCAGAGUGUAACUGAUAUAAGGACUUCAAUUGGAAAGAAUAUAACAAUCAAUUCUGCUUUAUUUAAUACAAAUGGAAAUAACGCAAAUAAAGAAACCAGCCAAUUUAAAUUUCUUCAACCUGAUGUAAAACUUACCAAACCCACAGUUCAAGUGAAUUCAAAUACUACUAAUGGCGUAGAAGCCUUAAAGAAUACAGAAAAUAAACCAUUAGGUAAAUCUGUAGGUAACAAACGAGAAAUGUCUCAAGUAAAUUGUAUUCCCAGGAGCGAAUCAUUUACUGGUAUUUAUAAUAAUAAAUGCUCAAAUUCUCAGCAAAACGUUCAAACAGCACCAAGCUGUUCGAAAAAUACGUGGAAGGAGUCGAACGCUUUUACUGCGUUAGAAAAUAGAAAAAAUGUAAACAAGGUACUGCCGUUGGUGCCACAACAUAACGUCAAUAAUAAAAAAAAUAAUUCCGCGAAAAAUACAGAAACUAGGCGUAAGAAAAGAAAGUUGUUCGACCCGAAAAGUACUGAUUACUUAGAUUAAUUUCGUUUAAUUGUUACAAAUUGUAUCGUUU